AUGUUCCCGUCAGAGUUCUUGUCUCGGGAAAUCCUCUUCAUCGGCAUGAGGAACCCCUACACGUAUACACUCCUGAGCGUGGGUUUCCUUUGUCUCGGCGUCUUCGCCGUCGUGGAGCGCCGGCCAUUAUGCCCGUUGCCGCGGGCAGUCUUCACGGGAGAUCUGGCGUGGGCGGUUGGGCGUGUCGCGGCCGGAUGGUCCAGCUUCAAAAUUAUCAUCUACUACUUCUACCAGUUCGUGGAGGUGAUCAAAGGGGACUCCCCGUUGCUGGCCACGGCGGCCCCCUACGCCAUUGCCUGGCUCGUCACUGGAUUCCUGCUGGGUCGCUGGCCACCCAGUGUCAUCAUGCUCUGUGCAAUGGCCUUGUUCACAACCGGCUUAUCCAUCUUCGCCACGGUGCUGGGCGCCUUUGUUGAUAGCCUGAUCACCUCCUGGGGAAUGGACAUGUCCUUCCCCUCGAGAACGAUCAUCCUUAGUAACGCGAUGCAUUGCCACCAUCAAGGGCUGGCUGCAUCCCUUGUGGCCACAACGGUCGACUACUCCAUUUCCAUGGGCCUCGGAUUUGCGGGUACCGUGGAGUCGCAUGUGGAUGACGCAGGUCGUCAUGUUUUGCAGGCAUGUCAAGGCGCCCUAUACUUGUGCAUUGGCCUCGCGGGAUUGGGUCUUGUGGUGUGCAUUUGCUUCAAGUGGAUGAGUUGGCGGUGGCACCAUGCCGUCCAGGAGAAGCAUGUAUAUACUUGA